GCGUUGCGUGCGUUUCGGAGCUUCGAGCGGAGAUUUCGUUUGUUUCGUCAGUUUCUGUUUUCUCGCCUCUCCGACUUCCGUAUAAGUUCAUUUGCCGUCGGCCAACAUUCAAAGUUUCCAUCGCCUGUUGUCGUAGUCGUCGCGAUUCCGAUUUCGAUUCCUGUCGCCCACCAACACCAACACCACGACCACACCAAACGGAAACCGCCAACGGAAACUGCGAUACGGAGCUCAGUUUUUUAAUUAACCCGACCAAAUUAGUUUUGUUCAAGAAUAUUUCCCGUACCUCCGACAAAUGCAAAUGAAAUAGUAGCUGGCAAAUUUAUGAAUGCAGGCCGAGAAUUAUGUUUCGUCUGAUAAGACGAUGCGAUGAUAAAUGUGUGUGAGAGUGUCUUCUUCAACAAUCGGUAGCCAUAAAUAAUGCUCAUUAUGGGCUGAGGCCUGGGAAAAACUAAUGAAAUUCUUUGUGUGGCCCAACAAAUUUAAUACGAAUACAAAAGUAUCAAAUACUAUAAACGUACAUAUUUAUGUGGAUUUAUUAAGCUGUUAAAAUUUGGAUAACUUUCAGACCACUUUGACCAAUUUUAAACCGCUUAUCCACUUAUCGGACUUAACCAGUACCUGGUUUUUUAAGGCGCUACUCUGGCGCUUCAGGCUCAGCAAAUGAUCGGCACCGAGGAUAUGUCCGCAGCGGCUGGCAUGGACAUCAGCGAGUCCUUUCGUGCCGAGGAUCUCUCGAAGGCGGACUUCUUUGACUUUGUCACAGGUCCCGAUAUGGGCAUCGGCAUCGGCGUGGGUGUGGGUGUCGGUGUGGGCGUGGGCGUGGAGGCUUUGGGCGUCAGUCUGCACCAGCAGCAGCACCACCAGAACCACCAGCAGCCGUCGCACAGUCACAACAGCCACAGCAGUCACAGCGGCAACAGCCACGUGCAAGUGGUGCACCAGCCCAUUACGUCGCAGUCCCAGCAGCAGAGCCUCUGCGGUGGUGGUGGUGCGAGAACCAACAGCAGCAUGAUCCACGACGGAGGGGGCGGUGGUGCGGGCGGCGGCGGUGUCGUGGUGCCCGUCGGCAACCGCAACGGCUCCAGCAACGGCGGCGAUCCCACGUUACAGGGCUAUGAGUUUUGGCACCAGGACAAGGAUAGCAGUCGCCUCGACUCCAACUCGAUUUUCGAGGACCUCGAUCGCUACUGCUGGCAACAGCAGCCGGUCACAGCCAGCGCCAGUAAUGGUGGAUCCACCAGCACCAACCAGCCCAGUCCCACCUCGCCGCAGACCCACCUCCAGCAACAGCAACAGCAGCAGCAACAACACCAGCAACAUCAGCAGCAGCAACAACAGCAUCAGCAGUUGCAGCAGCAACAGCAGCCCAAUGCGAGCAGCUCCUCGGCAGCUUCGAGUGGAGCGGGAAGCAGCAGCGACACGAUCAGCAGCCUGGACACCACCGAUGGCCAGAUCUACACCCUGACAGUAUUAAAUGGAGGAGAGCCCUGGCUAAAGCGCUCGGAGGCGGAGCAACUGCCCACUUCCCUGGAUCUGGACAGUCUGCUGGGCAGUUUUCCGGGCUACAUCAAAUCAGAGUAUCCCUACGACGACAGUGGUUUCAGUACGGAUGGCAAGGAUGUGAUCGGAAAUGGAACGGAUGGUCUCAGCAGUAUUUCCCAGGCCCAGAAUCAGGGUCAGCAGACGCAACAGACGCUGCCAUCGCUGGUCACGGCCAUCUCCCUGGCGGGUGGCAAUGAUUUGGGCCAACAGUUGGCCCAGUUCCAGAACAACAACAACGACUGGCAUAUGGCGGAUCACAACACGGAAACGGAGCAGAGCACGGCGGAGUCAUUGCUGCGGAGUGCCCUUCAGGGCAAGGGUUAUGGCAAGGGUUUGCACAUGCAGAAUGGAUUGCCCAUGCCGGUGGUCAAGGAUGAGGACAUGCGGCGGUUACUCUUUGCCGAUGAGGCUGCUGCUCUGGGCUUUGCCGACUCCACCUUAAGUGCCGCCCAGAUGUUCGAUGAAGCGCAGGGCAUUCAUCUCAGUUCCCAGCAGCAACAACAACAACAGCAGCAGCAGCAACAUAAUGGCAAUGCCAACAUUCUGGUGGACGACAUGUUCCUUUCGCUGGAGAACGCAUUCAGCGAUGAUUUCGAGAAGAUCAAGCGCAUAGCCAACGAGGUGCAGCAGUUCUGUACUGCCGGCUCCGCAGGGACUCCAACUCCGGGAGAUUACGGACAACCCGGCGAUGUUCUCAUGCAAAUCUCAUCCAGUCCUGCGGUAACUCCAGCGGGACAAUUGCAGCCACCACAGCCACUGAAACCGGAGGUUAGUACCUCCACUUCGCCUUCGGCGCCAGUGUCCGUCGUGUCCGCCGCCAGCAGCCAUGUCCGAUCCGGAGGUGGGGUGACCAAGCCCAAGAAGGCGUACAAGCGCAGCAGUAGCAAUAACAACAAUCCCAAUGUGGCCAAUAACAACAAUCAGGGCAGUGGGAGCAAUCCCCUAAUCGCCGGCAGUGGGAGUGGCAGCUCCUCAUCGAGUGGCAGUGCCAGUAGCAGCAGCAACAGUCCGCCGGCCAAUUCCGGGGGCAGUUCAUCCUCCUCCUCGGGAAGUGCCCAGAGAAAAGAGCGAUCCCUGCACUACUGCUCCAUUUGCUCGAAGGGAUUCAAGGACAAGUACUCCGUGAAUGUACACAUACGUACGCAUACGGGUGAGAAACCCUUCGCCUGUUCACUUUGUGGCAAGAGUUUCCGGCAAAAGGCGCAUUUGGCUAAGCACUAUCAGACGCACAUGACCCAGAAGAAUAAUGGAAACCUAAUCAAGGGUGGGUCGGGCAAACAUCCGCGAUCCAGUGGCUCAUCUACGGGGACAGCUAGUGCCGCCUCCCUCAAUCAGCGACAACUCAGUGGAGGAGUGGUGCCAUCCUCACUGCCCGUGAUGAUCAGCAAUCCCAAUACACCACCUGGAGGAGUACUGCCACCUGCCAAUGGACUCCUCACCAAUCGGUAGUAACCAGCCGCCAGCGGGGAUUCACCCGGCUAAACUAUUUCUUGUUCCUUACUCACAAAAUACACACACUCAAAACCGAAAAAAAAACAAAACAAAACAAAAUGAAAAUGUAGAGAAACUAUUACUACUCUAAAUACCUUAAUACUCGUACUCCCAACUCGAAUUUACGUCAUUGAUGAAUUCCUAUUUCAGCUUUCUGUGCAAUUCCUAUAUAUGCCCACACACACAGACAGACACACACUCGAAGCACUUCCAAAUACAAUACUCAAUUAAAUGUACAUUUACACAAACAAAUUAAAUUUAAAUGUGCCAAAUUUUGAAGAUUUUAAUAGCUAAAGUUAAACUAAAAUAUACAUAUAUGCUAGGCGUGUAGAAAUAGAAGUGUAACGAAGCUAAUGAAGCAAUUCCACGAGUGGUGAUAUCAAAAUGAGGCCAAACGCUUCCUUGCUAAACAAUUAAAGCAAUUUUUUAAAAACCCACAAACUAGAAUAUCAAUACUAAAAAUAAAAAUCGCCUUGCAAAUCGUACAAUUUGUGAGUGAUUUAUUAAAAAUUCAUAUAUAAUUCUCCUAAUCACCCAUAAUCCUUCAGAGUCUUCAACUAGCCCCAGCACGAUGCGUGUUUCCUGUAAAUUAAAAGUAUUUGUUUUCUUAGUUGCUCUGCCCAAAUUAGCAUAAAUUUGUUUGCUAGUGUUAAUGUAAAUAUACGCGUAAAUAAAGAUAAUUUUUGUAUACCUAUUAAUAAGGCCAACAAGGGGAAUGCCAAAUAUUUGAGCGAGGAACACUCCCCUAAGGCACUAAAUUCGAAACGCUUCCUCCGGAGCUUAUCCUACAGCAAAUUCCCGCUCCUUUCUCCUUCAAGGAUCUCUUUGAUCUCUUGGGCCGAGUGUUAGCCAACUUCGAAGGCAUUCAAAAGAGGGGGCACAAGCAUUACUUUAUCAACUUACGUUUACACACCAUACGUUCAGCAACUCAACUUGCACUUGCCAUUAUUUUUGUAUUUGAUAAACACAAGGCGCAUAACUAAGGCGAAUUCCCUAUAAUUAAAGAUAACACCACAUUCCCCCAACUAGUUUUAUUGAAUAGGCUAAGCUAUCUGAUAAAUCAGCCGUAGUUAGUGGUUAAUUAAACUGCCAAUUAUUUUGUGAUAGUUUUUAAUGGACAUUAAAUUUAGAUUACGCAAAAAUAUCUUCAAUGGUGUUUGGGUUAUGUAACGUUUUAACGAUUUGUUAUAAACUGUGUACACUUUGCAAUACGAGUAUUUUCUGCUAAUUUAUUGAACUUAAUAGUUUAUGUACAUAGAGAACGAUCCUUUGUUUAUAUCCAAGCCUAGGCUAAGCCACACAUCGAAAUCUUAGUUAAAUCUUUGUUAGUUAUUAUUUAUGCCACACACACACACCAGCCAAGACACACACACACACACACAUCCAUCUGCGGUUAAGUUUUGCAUUAAUUUUUUUAGUAUUGCAAGCAUUAAAAAUAAAGAAAUCUAAAACGUUUUAUUGACAAUUAA